AUACGAAGACUGAAUUGCUUACCCAGCUGGAUAGGGUGUUGGGGAGAGUAUAUAGUGUAGGGUGUAUAUUGAGGGAUAGUAGGAAUCGUAGGGUAAGAGUUUUGAGAAGGAGGUUAGAAACGGAUGGCUAAUCCACCCCACUGCCCGAAUACGCAGCAAGUGUCGUUUGUGAAUCCGUCGCCCAAUGGGGUGGCCGUUGGAGGUAAUAGCUAUGGAAGCGUCACUUGCUACAUUUGCGGCAAAACCGGGCACUACUCUAGAAACUGCUGGCAAGCAUCAGGGAGGCUGCCCUCUCAGCUUCCCUCCCAGCUUCCUUCUCAGCCUCCCGUUGAUAACGAAACCGCUGAAAUGAGGGAUUUCUACAAGAGAGCUACUCAAAAGGAGAAGGAGGAGCGCGAAAGGAAAGCCAGGGAGGAGAUGGAGAAAAGGAGAUUGGAAGAGGACCAAAGAAGGGAAUCUGAACGGAUACGCGACGCCAAAGCAAGGGAGGCUAGAUUAGAGGCGACGAUUGCAAGGCUGCUUGCUCAACAAAAUCGGACGAACUAUGCUAUUGCCGCAACUCCAACACCUGUGAGAAAGAAAUCUCCCACGUCGAAGGCUAGGAUGCUGCAGAAGAUCCGAAGUUACAUCGACGAAUCAGAGGACGAAAGUGAAGAGGUGAGAGAAGAAGCCGGUAAGCUAGUGGACGCUAUCGAGAGGAGGAAGAAGAUCGGGAAGGCGAAGUCUCCGAUUGUGGUGGAGGAGGAGAGAUCGACAAGAGGUGGAAAGAGAGCACGUGAGAAGGAUGCGGAAACUAAUCAAGACCAUGAGGACGAUUGCUUGAAGACACCUAAGAAGGGACUAUCGGCAGCAUGUUCAAUGGAGGGCAUGCUAGAGAAUGCAUUAGAGGUGCACAAGCGGAUGUCAGCGAAGAAAGUACCAGAGCUUCGGAAAAUAUGCAGCAAAGAGGGUAUUAGAUGGUCGAAGCGAGAUGAAGUUAUAUGCGAAUUAGUGAGGUGCAGGAUGAAGUUAGCUUACGAGGGCUUUGUCGAGAGGAAGGAGGACAUCUCUCCGCUGAACGAGAAGUGAGAUUUGCUAAUUUGCGAGUGAUUGGAUGAUAUGGAGGAGCUCGAAAGAUGUAUGCUGUUACGAAGGG